GGGCGCCCGAGCGGGGACACCUGCUUUUGCCACCUCGGUCCCCGUGCCCGUCCCCCGGCUUGCGCCCUCCGCCCGUGGGAGCCGGGCCGUGGGGGCGGCCGCCGCGAGCAUGCGCACCGGCACUGCGGCGGGCGGGUGCGGAGUCGGGGCGCGGGGACGCGGGGCGGCGCGAAGCGGGCCCUCUGCCGCCCCGCGCUCCCAUGUACGCCUUCUACUCGCUGCUCAUCUACAUCUUCUACAGCCUCUUCCGCAGGGAUGGCAGAGCAGCGGCGGCCGCCGACCCUGGGGAUCCCGCCCAGAGAGCCCGCUGUAAGUUUAGAGGUCGCCGUCGCCCAGACCAGCCCACGCCAGAACUGUGGACCGAGCUGACCAGCCUGGCGGGCUGCUCGGAGUCAGAGCAUGGGCAAGAAGAGGGAGCCGAGGGCCGCCCGGCCGAGGUGUCCCUGGAAGAGGCUCUCCUGCGACUCGCUGAGUUCCUCUCUGCCCAGCUGGGGGCGGAAGAGAGCCGCGGGAGUGCUCCCGACCUGGGCCAGCCCGGUGAGGUCCCCCCGCUGUUGACAGUGACCAGUCAGCUCCUGGCUCUUCUGGCAUGGGUUCGGAGCUCUAGGGGGAGGCAGGCCCUGCUCCAGGGGGAGCAGCCAACCUCUCAGGUGCACCACCCCACUCCAGAUGGAUCCCCAUCCGGAGAAGAAAGCCCUUCCCACCUCUUGGCAGUUCUGGGAGAGGCACGGGAAGAUGAAGACCAGAGAGCGUGGCAGCGUCUGGAGCAGCUGGUCCUUGGACAGCUGGAGGAGCUGAAGCAACAGCUGGAGCGGCAGGAGGAAGAGCUGGGCCGACUACGCCUGGGAGCGGGGGCAACAGACUCAGAGAAAAGGGUCCAGCAUCUCACUUUAGAGAACGAGGCCCUAAAGCAGAGCCUGAACCUCACACGGGACCUCCUGCUACACUGGGGCCCUGGUUCCCCACCCAGGGCCCCACAGGAGGAGGCAGAGGCACUGGUGGAGCUCCAGGGUCAGCUUCAGGAGGCCCAAGACACCACAGAAGCUCUCCGAGUCCAGCUGGGAGUGCAGGAGGUGCAGCUGCGGGGCCUUCAAGGGGCCCUCCAGCAGCUCCAGCAGGAGACAGAGCAGAAUUGCAGACGGGAGCUGCAGCAGAUGCACGGGCAGCUGGCAGGACUUCGGGCACGGAUGGCUGGCCUUCGUCAGGGAUGUGGAGACCUCCGAGGGCUGGUCAACACCUUUACCCAGAGCUGUCAGGGUUCGCUGAAUGAGGCCCAGGGCCAGGUAUCCUGGGCCCUGGGGUCACUGUCAGCAGGAGAGUCUGGUACUCGGCUCCCUACAGGACAGCAGGGCCCCCCACCUGGAUGCCCUGGGCGGCUGCCAGAGCUCAAGGGAAAUAUCCGUGUGCUAUGUCGGCUGAGGCCAGGGACACCCUCCAGCUUGGUAAGCAUGGAGCCUGGCCCAGGGGGCACCGUCACCACCUGCUAUCGAGGGCACCAUCGUCGCUUCCGCCUGGACUGGGUCUUCCCUCCAGAUACCAGCCAGGAGGAGGUCUUCAGGGAGUUGGAGCCAGCUGUGCUUUCGUGCCUCCGUGGCUACAGUGUCUGCAUCUUCACUUAUGGCCAGACAGGAACAGGGAAGACCUACAGCAUGGAGGGGCCACCUGAGGACCCUGGCAUAGCUCCUAGGGCACUGCAGUCGCUGUUCCGGGAGAUGGGGGCUGGAGGACAGCACCGUGUGACACUCAGCAUGGUGGAGAUCUACAAUGAGGCAGUCAGGGAUCUUCUGGCCCCAGGACCUCCUGAGCGUCUAGCUGUGAGGCAGGGUCCAGAAGGCCAGGGGGGUAUCCAGGUGACUGGCCUUACCCACUGGGACAUACCCAACCUGGAGACGCUGCAUCAGAUGCUAAGUGUGGGUAGGAGCAACCGGGUUACCGCCGCCACCGCCAUGAACCAGCGCAGCUCCCGCUCACACGCCUUGGUCACGCUGACGCUGCACGCUGCAUCUCCGUCGCGUGCUCUGGACACCGCAGGGACACUGCACCUGGUGGAUCUGGCGGGAUCUGAGCGCGCACGGAAGGCAGGGGCGGCCAGUGCGCCCCGCGGAGACCCGGAGGGUGCCCGGCGACUGCGGGAGGCCCAGACUAUCAACCGCUCGCUGCUGGCGCUAGGAGGCGUGAUGGCUGCGCUGAGGGCUCACCGGCCACACGUACCCUUCCGUGACUCACAGCUCACGCGCCUGCUACAGCCGGCGCUGGGCCCUGGCACUACUGCGGUACUGUUGCUGCAGAUCUCCACUAGGCCAGAAGAUCUUGGGGAGACUGUCUGUUCGCUCAAGUUCGCUGAGCGAGUGGGCCAAGUGGAAUUGGGGCCAGCUCGUCGCCGCAGGGUCGCGCGCUCCUCCGGGACGCCCUCCUCCCUCAGUACGGACACUCCACUAACCGGGACCCCCUGCACCCCUACGCCGUCCCCUGGAAGCCCUCCAAGCCCUAGUCCAGAUAGUGGCUCUGGCUCGGCUCUCAUGCCCCAACAGGGUUUGCCCCGGUAGUCCUGGGUCUUGGCCCUGCGCCAGGGGUUUGAGGAUACACCUCUGCUGGCAGAGGCAGUAGAAAAGUCCCUAUACACCCUCUCCCUGGGCAUAACUUCCUGGACUUCUAGGGGCCCACUGUCCCCAAACUCCCAGAGUUGUCCUACUUUGCCAGCCAGUGUUAAUACCUGCAGAAAUUAUCCCCCCACCCUCCAAGCCCACAGGCUCUCAGCUUCCUCCCUUAUCACCAUUUGCUGUUAUCACAGCACACAGCAGGGAAUCCCAGAGCCAAAGGGGGCAGACCCCAGCCCAGUGGUUACCCAAGACACCACCUCUGACCUCAGAAUCAGGAGGCAUGGCAUUAAAAUGUUGCAAAUUCCUUUACUGUUA